CUCUCUGAAGAGGAACGAGCCCAUUCGGUAAUGUUAAAUUUAUGUACUGAACCCUCCAUAAACUUUUAAAAGACACCUCGUCAGCUGAACUAAGCAAGCAAGCAAAGACUCGGUCCAUUUGAACCACUUCGUGAACCUGAAUUUUACAAAACAUGGUGCUGAAUGUUCCUGGCUUGGUGGCGGUCAUCAUCUUCUAUAUCAUCAUCCUCGUCAUCGGACUAUGGGCGGCCCGCCGGACCAAAGGGGAGACAAACAGCGAAAAUGUGAUGCUUGCUGGGAGGAAUAUUGGACUUUUUGUGGGAGUCUUCACCAUGACCGCUACGUGGGUAGGUGGCGGGUUCAUAAAUGGAACAGCGGAGACGGUGUAUAGCUACGGACUGGUCAACACUCAAGCUCCCCUGGGGUACGCCCUCAGCCUUGUUAUAGGCGGGAUAUUUUUUGCCAAAAAGAUGCGCCAGCAGGGGUAUGUCACAAUGUUGGAUCCAUUCGCCCGGAAAUAUGGGGAAAGGAUGGGCGGACUGAUCUACAUACCGGCGUUGCUAGGGGAGGUUUUCUGGUCAGGGGCCAUAUUGGCUGCUCUGGGAAGCACCCUGCGGGUGAUCAUAGGUCUCUCCCACGAAGUGGCCAUCAUCGUCUCUGCCUGUAUCGCUGUGUUCUACACCCUGUUUGGAGGGCUCUACUCCGUGGCCUACACUGACGUCGUACAACUCAUCUGUAUCUUCGUGGGAUUGUGGCUCUGUGUCCCAUUUGCCAUGACAAAUGACUUAGUGGAGAAUAUAUCUGUCAAUUCUUCCACCCUGUGGAUCCAAGAGGUGGAUCCCGUGUUUGUUGGGGUGUACAUAGACUCCUUCCUCCUACUCAUAUUCGGCGGACUGCCCUGGCAGGUGUACUUCCAAAGGGUCCUGUCUGCAAGGACGGUCGGAACGGCCAAGUACCUGUCGUUUGUCGGUGGACUGGGCUGUCUAAUUAUGGCCAUACCAUCUGUCCUUAUCGGUGCCAUAGCUACUAAUGCAGACUGGAAUCGCACUGCUUUUGUGACCAGAGACAACUUCAAUGCGUCAGAUAUACCUAACAGAGCGUCAGACAUUUUACCAUUGGUCUUGCAAUACCUGACUCCGGACUGGGUUUCCUUUGUUGGACUAGGGGCGGUAUCAGCUGCCGUAAUGUCGUCUGCUGACUCUUCCAUUUUAUCCGCCAGCUGCAUGUUUGCUAGAAAUAUCUAUAAGAUGAUUUUCAGACAAAAGGCUUCAGAAAACGAAAUCAUUUGGGUGAUGAGAUUUGCUAUAUUUGGCGUUGGUGUUCUGGCAACAGUCAUGGCCAUUACAGUGAAGUCCAUCUACACUCUGUGGUACCUUUGCUCCGACCUGGUGUACGUGGUAUUGUUCCCGCAACUCCUCUGCGUGAUCUAUUUGAAAACUUCCAAUACAUACGGGUCACUAGUUGCCUACGUCAUCGGUAUGUUUUUCCGGAUCGCUGGAGGAGAGCCUUCAUUGGGUAUCGACGUCCUCAUAAAAUUCCCGUACUAUUCUGAAGAGAAUGGACAGGUUUUUCCGUUUAAAACACUCUGCAUGUUGAUGUCAUUUACGUCACUUGUUUUCGUGUCCUAUUUGACUGACUUCUUGUUCAAGAGGGGAAUUCUUCAUCCUCGGUUUGAUAUAUUCAAGUGUGUGGUGAACCAAUGUGAAAGUGAUGUCAAAUUGCAAAAAUACACCGUUAAUUCGGAAACAUUCGACAAUCCUACAUAUGCGCAAUCCCAAGAGGGAAUCCCAACAUCAAAAUAAUGAGUUUGCAAGGACACGGGUCUCUAUCACGUUUUGCACACGUAUAUACAGUACUAUUUUAUAGCUAGCAUAUGACGGUCGAUGGCAUUUUUUUUUAAAUUAAGCAUAUUUUAAACCUUUUGAUCACAAGCACCUUACAUUAGUAAUAUUUAUCGUAAUGAAAAUACCCUAUUUUUACAUUAUACAGGUAUUUUUCAAAGAGUAAAACAAAAAAAAAAAAUGGUGGGUAUACUAGUAUAUGCAAAGUUGAUGAUAAUUUUACAAAUUUGCCACAGAGUUAUAUUUGUAUUAAAAAAUAAAACUUACAACAUAAAAUAUUCAGAUUUUAAGGGUUGUAUGCGGUUUUUUUUUUUAAAUUGAAAUUCUCGCAAUGUUUACAAAAUUUUACGAAGAAUGAAAAAUAAAUAAAAAGUAACAACCCCCCCCCCCCAACACAUUCCUGAUCAAAACCUUAAUUAUAGAGGGUUUGUAGCAUUCAUCAAAUCCUUUUUGUUCAACAGUGUAAUUUUAUGUUCUAUGCUGCAUCGUCCAAAUCAAAAUUGAAAUUUGUAAGACCCAGUUGGUCUUUCAUUUUUUAAAGAGUUACUUAGUUGUACGUGUACUAAGUUGCCCCACUUAUUUUGACGCGAUGGACCAAGAUUUUAUGCUGUAGGGUGCGUUACGUGAAAAGCACACACCUGUAUCCACAGGAGCCCCUAAGAAGGUUGUUUACUUGUGCAUAUGUAAUUUUUGACAUACAUUUGAUGACCUAAGUAAUCGCAAUCUACCUUUUUUAACCCGAGCAAACUUACUGUUCUCGCCUCAAACCACAUUCAGUUUAUGAUCUCCCAGGAGAGAGAAACAUGUUUAUAUGGACUCGGUCGUUUCCAAUCGUUGUUGUUGCGAACUGAUAAAAAUGACCAUAUAUAUAUAUAUAUAUAUAUA